GUAACAGCCCAGAGAAGUAAUGGGCAUACUUCUCUGAGCUGUCCAGCAGAGAAGCUGCAACCGAGAAGAGGGAUUAAUCUGCCAAGGAGGAAGCAGCAAAUAUGUUUCCUUGGGCUCGCUAUGCGGGUCUGGCUGUGAGCCCUUCUGAGAGAUUUACUACCACCUACAACUCAGACUUUAAACCAUUUCACCAACGUAAAUCAUUUCUGAAGCCCAUACCGCCCAGUAAACGUGGGGUAUUAAGCAUGAUGCGUAUGCCUGAACGUGACACGUCGGCUAUGUUGCUUCAGCACUACUACAUGAAAAACCCCGAAACCAAAGCCUCACUUGUUGGCCCCCAGACCCCUCCGACCACCCUUUUUCCAGUCUUCAUACCCUCACUCGGCGGCAUAGCCACUUCCUUUACUGAGGAACUCAGAAAUGCUGGCUGUUUAAAGAAUGAAGCUCCAUGGCACAACGUCUAUGGUGAAAGAGCUGGCCUGUUGAAGCGGCAAAUGGAGGAGCCAAGUGGGACCUCUGACAUUCACUACGAGGAGGGAGUGAUUGUUUUAUCACCAUACAGAGGUCCCAUCAAGUGUGAGGAUGUCCUGCACCUUCUGCACAAGACCGCCACACCGACUCACAUGGGCACCGUUCCACGGGGGACGGCUCCUUACAUCACACUGAAUCACGCCACAGGAGUCACGGGGGGCAACUUGACCGCCGUGAGCCAACCAGCUGUAUGUCAGCCGGCCCCCGCCCUUCAAUCUUCAUCCCACUACUGCACCAACUGUGGAACUAAAUCUGAGCAUCCGUUAGGUUGCUGCUGUGGGGCACAACUUGUCCCUUCUCACAUCUGUCAGAGCGGCGGCCUGCCACACCCCAUCAAGAGGCCUCCGCUGACCGAGUAUCAGGACAGCUAUUCUGCUAAGUGGUUCCAGCCGAAGAUCAAACCCGGUUAACGUCACCUUCCUCCUUGUCGCAACGUUCAGCAACCAAUACACAGCUCAUGAAAAGAA